GAUGAAGAACAGCGGGGACGAUGACUCCAAUUCUACUGACAAUGACAAUCGUGAAGCAGAAGAAGAAAGAUCAGAACUCUCUAACUCUCGUCUGUUUUUGGGGUGUUUGUGGAUUUCUUCUAUCCUGGUAGCUGGAUCAAUCGUCUACAUGAAUGUAAAGAUGAGCGAACAGCAGGGAAGCAUUAAAGACCUUACAACAGAAAAAAAGCAACUGAUUGACGAAAGACAGAUGGUGAAGCUGAGCCAAGCAAUUCGAGACAGAGAGGACGUGAUCCAAAAGAGAGAAGGGGCGAUCCGAAAAAGAGAGGAGCAGAACCAAAAGAGACAGGAAGCGACCCGAGAGGCAGAGGAGGCGACCCGAGAGGCUGAGGAGGCGACCCGAGAGGCAGAGGAGGCGACCCGAGAGGCAGAGGAGGCGACCCGAGAGGCAGAGGAGGCGACCCGAGAGACUGAGGAGGCGACCCGAGAGACAGAGGAGGCGACCCGAGAGGCAGAGGAGGCGACCCGAGAGGCAGAGGAGCUGAAAUUGACCCUGGGAUUCAUCCAGAAAUUUGACAUCUUUCCAAUUAAUGACUUCUGUCCUGCCAAAGGAUGUAAGCCGUGCCUGCAUGACUGGAUCUUCUUUCAGAAGAAAUGCUACCUGUUUUACGACGAACCGGCUCCUUGGAAGACCUGGGAACAAAGUCGAAGGUUCUGUCAGGACAGACGAGCAGAUUUGGUUGUAAUUGAUGAUCUGGAGGAACAGGAAUUUGUCAGCAAACAUGUCAAAUCCUACUUUGAUAUUCAGUGGGGAUACUGGCUGGGGUUGCAACAAACUAACAACACCUGGACCUGGGUUGAUGGACACGUGGACACACUUGGCUGUGCAAAUCGUCUGUUAGGACCCGACACCGCCUUCGAGACGCAGCUCAUCCUUAUUCUCCUUAUUCUGCCCCUGCUUGUAUGUGUAGGCAAGGUCUGCAGAUAAAUUAUCGUCCAGAAAAGCUGCACGAUUCCCUUCAAAGCUUUACUUAAGACUCAAUGUAAAACUGUAAAAAAACAACAA